ACGACCGUACUUUGGGCGCGCGCUACGUAUAAUGGGUACCUAGGAAAGAUCUGCGGGAAAUCGGCGAUCUCGCCCUGACCUGACGAGUUCGCUGGCAAUAGAACGAUCUAGUAAUAAAUGACAGGCGCAGAAAGAUCUCGCACAUCGAUGUAUCUGAGAUUGUGACGGCAGUCGCGAUGGCAAUAGAUAGAUUGGUGACGUGGAGGGGUUUGUUGCCAGAGGGACAUGGAGGCAGUGACGCUGAUGGGUUGUAUAGCUCCAGUCAGACCGGAGCCGGAGCCGUCAACUGUAGGCACGAAUGCACGCUGGGCAGCUUGCCUGAUGGGCGGGUGGCCAAGAAAAAGUCUCGGAGGAAUCGGGUUAGCAUCACGAUACUCCGCUGUAGCUUUGCAGCGAGUGCCAGAGCAGCAACGCCUCACUUAUCGGUGGGUGCGACCGUCCGUCAUCCUUUCCCACCGCCGUGAUCUUGCCGUAGGAAAUUCCUCGAAAGCAUCGAGAUGCUGGGCAUCAGAUCCCGAGGAUCGGGGAAUAUCGUCGAGGACUGGAGACACGAUGUAUGUUCAUGAUGCCUCGUACCUCGUACCUGGCAACCAUUGCCCUCUCCCUCUCUCGCUCUUCCCCUCCUUCGUGGAUUAUUUUGGGAGGGAUGCAAUGAGGAGGAGUGGGAUUUGUGACACCCGACCGGGGGGAAUCCGCUAGGCCUGGUUGGGCGGUCCAGUGAUCUGCGGCUGGUGAAGUGUCCAGUGGGAGUUGCGAAUCC